AUUGCUAAUCUCAGCUCUAUUGGAUCGUUUCUCUUCCCCCCUCCCUCCCUCUCUCAAAUUCUGGUUCUCUUGCUCCUUAGGUUUUAUCUUUCUCUGCGUCCUCUCUCAAUCGACUUGCUUGAUUGGGACAUGAUGAAUUGAUGAGCUACUCCAAAAAAAAAAGGAAAAAAUGAUCAGGGUCCAUACUUCUCUGGAUUUGGCUUUACAGUGGUAAGGGAAACUGUCUGUUAAGGGUCUUCCCGAAUUCGUCUGUCCGUUAGAGUGGUUUCUCCAAAGUGGCGAAGAUGAGUUUAGGUGCAGCUGAGGACGAUUCGGCUUCGGAAAUUCAUAUCCCAGCAGAAAUAGACUGGCACAUGCUUGACAAAUCCAAAUUCUUCUUCUUAGGCGCCGCCUUAUUUUCUGGUGUAUCUACCGCCCUUUAUCCUAUUAUUGUGUUAAAGACCCGCCAGCAGGUUUGUUCUUCUCAGAUUUCUUGCUUCCAGAUGUCUUUUUCCAUCAUGCGCUAUGAAGGCUUUAGAGGGUUUUACAAAGGUUUUGGUACCUCUUUGACUGGAACAAUCCCUGCUCGGGCACUUUACAUGGGUGCACUUGAGGUGACCAAGAGCAAUGUUGGCUCUGCUAUUGCUGGUUUGGGGUUUUCAGAUACCACCGCCACCGCCAUAGGUAAUGCAGCUGCAGGAGUGAGCUCUGCUAUGGCAGCACAAUUAGUUUGGACCCCAAUUGAUGUUGUGAGUCAAAGACUCAUGGUUUGCGGUAGCAGUAACGUGCUCUCCAGUGUUCAUUGUGGGAAUUACAGGAAUGGUUUUGAUGCCUUCAGGAAAAUUCUUUGCACCGAUGGGCUGCGAGGUUUGUAUAGGGGAUUCGGAAUUUCCAUAUUGACUUAUGCCCCGUCCAAUGCUGUAUGGUGGACUUCUUACUCUAUGGUCCAUAGGCUCAUCUGGGGUACUUUUGGUGGCUAUAUGGGUAAGAAGGAUGAUAGCAAAUUGGCCAAUGGCUAUUGUUUUAGACCUGAUUCCAAGGCUAUGGUUGCAGUCCAAGGGUUAAGUGCAGUUGUGGCCAGUGGGGUUUCGGCCAUUAUAACUAUGCCACUUGACACUAUCAAGACAAGGUUGCAGGUUUUGGAUGCAGAGGAGAAUGGACGAAGGAAGCCAUUAACUGCUAUGCAGACUGUUAGGAAUCUGGUGAAGGAAGGAGGCUUUAUUGCUUGUUACAGAGGAUUGGGACCAAGGUGGGCUUCAAUGUCCGUGUCUGCUACAACCAUGAUUACUACCUACGAGUUUUUGAAACGAAUGUCUACCAAGAGGCUAGACAAUGUAUCUGCAUAAUGUCUCGAGGCAGGAG